AAAAAGACCAGCACUGCAGUUUCAUUGGUAAUCCAUGAAUUAAGGUCGUGUAAUAUAAGAGUCACUGACGAUUGUACUAUUGAAGUAGAUAAAUCGGAUGGAUUAGAUGCAAUGAGCUGCAGUGGAAAGCAACGAGAAACAAAACAAGAAUUUUCAUUUGAUAAAGUAUUUACUCAGAAUGCUUCGCAAGCAGGUGUUUUCGAAGAAUUAUGCCCUUUGGUAGAAUCAUCGCUUGAAGGAUAUAAUGUUUGCGUAUCUGCUUAUGGACAGAAGGGUUCUGGCAAGACAUGUACUAUGGAAGGAGAACAUGAAUCACAGACUGAAGGCAUUAUACCUAGAACAUAUAUUCUUAUAUUACAUCCGCAACAUUUACAAUCACCUCACGGUCAAAUGCCGCAUCAUCAACCGCACAUUCAUCAUCACCAAUCUCCGCACAAUCAUCAUCACCAGCCUCCGCACAAUCAUCAUCAGUCUCCACACAAUCAUCACCAAUCGCCGCACAAUCAUCAUCCGUCGCCACACAAUCAUCACCAGACACCACACAAUCAUCAUCACCAGUCGCCACAUAAUCAUCAUAUUCUACAUUCUCAGCAACCGCAACACGUGCAUCAACAUAUGCAACAUAUACAGCAUCCCGUUUACAGUAACAUGUUACCCAAUGAUAUCAGCUAUCAACAGUAUUCGCCAUCAAUAGAAUCUCCGAUGCUGCAGCAGAAUAUAGAACCGCAGAAACAGUUACAUUUCCCUCCUUAUACCGAUCCUGACAUUGAAACGAACAAACCAUACAGAAUGCCACCCGAAUUACCCUAUAUUAAAUUGCCUGGGAUGAAUCGUAAAGACAUCAAAUAUCUUGAAAGCGCGGAAGACAAAGAGAACGCUAUCGUUGUGGAUUAUAAUGGCCCGCUAGAAGAAAAUAUGAUGCCCAAAUCAGACGAGAAUAAUCUUUAUAUAGACGAAAGCUUGGGUAUAACUCCUCUCUCGACCGUUAACGAGACAUGUUUUACAGAAGCCUUUAACGCGCCAUUAACAAGCUCUACGCCAAUGACUAAUCAUUUCAAGCCAUCAGAAUACAGAAUAAAAGAUGACUCACAAUUUUCAAGUCAGAAUACUGUGCCCCAACCAGUUGCAGAAGCACCUAACGUCGAAGGUGGCGAUGAUAAAUUAAGCGUAAUAUUGGAAUCCACACGAGAAUAUGUAUCAAACAGUUCAGGGAACAGUAGUAAUUACACCAAAUCGACUGGAUUGACUUUUGCAUUGACGAGGGAAGAUAUGAUUCCUUUUAAAGAACAACCUGUGGAUACGAUUGUAGAAGAGGAAUCCAAUGAAUCUCUGCUGUCCGUGAAUCAACCUUACGAACAGAAACAAUAUGCACAAAUCCAAGCUGUGCACGCUCAAAGUCCGCGUACAGUACAACGACAUGUUGAUCAAAUUACAUCUGAAAUACAGAAUAACUGCGAUUUAAGAAAGUCCAUAAAUUUACAACUCAAUGAAGAGGAAAAUUCAGAAAAAGUUGACACCAUGGAGUGCGAGGAGCACGAACCUAUGGAACAAGUGGAGGAAGAGAUGUUUGAGCUCCCAUCGAGAGAUAUAAAUCCAUUCGACAAGAACUUAAUAGCUGGCCUAUUGAAAAAAAUUAAGUUUCCACAACCCCAUCAUGCAGAUGGAUACAAAAGAAUAGAUACCAAUCUAAAUGAGCUUGUGCCUUCUACCAUGAUUACGCUCGAUACCGAGGCGUAUGAUUUGGGAAAGUGCCUUGGUAAAGGAAUGUAUGGAACAGUUUUUAAAGCAGUCAAUUUGCAAACACGCGAGACUGUUGCUCUUAAAACGCAAAGACCCGCUUGGGUUUGGGAAUAUUAUAUCGUACGAGAAAUAAAAACGCGUCUUACAAAUCCACAUAUGUUACGCGGCUUUAUGGAUGUGACAAUGGCAUAUGUGGCCAACAAUGGAAGUGUACUAGUUUCAGAAUUUUCUAAGUUUGGAACAUUAUUAUCAGUGACGAAUCAGAUAAAAAUUGCCACUGGCAAGCCUCUGGUGGAAACUUUAACUAUUUUCUUCACAAUCGAGAUGCUUCAAAUUGUGGAGUACUUACAUAAAUGUCAAAUAAUACACGGGGACAUAAAACCAGAUAAUUUUUUGUUAAUGCGACCACCUACGCAAGAUGUUAGGCCAACUAUACAGUUGAUAGAUUUCGGAUGUAGUAUAGACAUGAAACUGUUACCAGAAAAUACAACGUUUACGCAAGUUAUAAAAACGGAAGAUUUCACUUGCAUUGAAAUGCAAACUGGAAGACCAUGGACAUAUCAGACUGAUUUGUAUUGUCUAGCGGCGACCAGUCAUUGUUUACUGUUUGGCAAUUAUAUGAGAGUAUCUAACAUAGGCGGCCGUUGGUUUAUCGUCUCGAAAUUACCAAGGUACGCCAAGAAAGCUGCUUGGGAACAAUUUUUCACGGAGCUGUUAAAUAUCGAAUCAUGCGAGAAAAUGCCAGAUCUGGCGAAAUUAAGGAACAUGAUGGAGGAGACACUGGCGCAAAUGCCGGAGGUGCAAACGAAAUUUCGGACUUUCGUCAACAUUCUCAACAAACGAUAACGCUUGCUGUAUUCGAUGAUAUGUCCCAAUGUGUGCACAUAUUUUAGCAAAGAACCAACGUGUAAUAAGAAACAUUAAUGUUAUUGUGCUAUUUAUUAUAAAAAAAGUUAAUACUACAGUGAGAUAAAUAUAUGUAUCUACACAGUUAUAAUACACGAGAAUGCACUUUACGGCCUGCUUCGU